CCUUUAAUUUGUUGCAAUGUCCACUUCUUGAAUUUUGCAACAAAAGACCAAUCAUAGUGGACCACUUAGUUAGAAACCUUUUAAUUCCCUUUUAAAUAACUUAUUUUUUCCUACUUAAAUCCUAGCCAAGAAAAUUCGAGGAAAACUCCAAAACUGCAGCUGUGUUUUAACAGUUUAAAAAACACAUUUAAAUGUAUGAGUUAUUUAAAAUGAGAAAUUAAAGCCAUUGAAACCAAGCUAAAACAGAGCAUCAAUUUUUCUAGGCUGACCAACAGUUACAGUUCGUGAUAAGUAUCUUUUUUUUUCGUAUUUGCCGUCACCUUGGCUCUGUUGACUGGCAAACAGACUAAGCCGUUUCGUGGUCACUGCUGGCGUCGCGUAGGCGGGACAAACUGACCAAAAUUAAUUAUGAUCUUUUCACCAUGUUUCAAAAUAAAUUGCUUUAGUUAUUUCAGAUCAGGCUUGAUUCUCGUCGCAGUUAUUUUUUUCCCGGACUAUACGCGUCCUUUUAACACACUCGUACAUACAUACACACUUUAUUGAGACUCCGUUCAACAGGGCUUUUCGGUCACAAUGUUAACUAUUACAUAACACUGUUAAUCAAGAAAAGGAAACUUAUUUACAGUAGUUUAAUUAAAUUCAAAAUACAUUCAAAACUAUUCAAAAUAUAUUCAAAAUUAUUUCGUACAAGACAUAUUAUUAAAAAGUGUCUGUUUAAAACUAUCAGUAUCCAUACACUCGUCGAAACUAGGCGUUAAAAUUCAUUUAUUCAUUUCAGCUACUUAAGUUCACUUGAAACAAAACUAACGAGCUAUUGAGAACUUAGACAUUUGAACAACAAAAUAAAAAACAAUUGCCCUUUUUGAAUUAGCGCGCAGGACUCCCCUCUAAGAAAUUUUAGUAAGGGCCGCGUGCCUUGGAGCUAAUUUUACAAUUUACGGUAUUAAUUUCAUCCCAAUUUUUUUUUGCCUUAAUUUCAUGUAGAAAGAAACAUGGUUGUUACGAAAACAGUUGUCAUUCUCCUGAUUGGUCUUUUUACAUUGGAUCUGGCACAGAUCGGAAUAUCAGGUGAAAAUCGAUUUAGUUCAGUUAGACUUGAGCCUAUAAGCCCAGGGACUCCAUCUGCAAAAGUGCAACAGUUUGUUAGGCCUAGGCAAAACGUUGAACUUUUCAUGGGACGAGAC